AUUUCCAUGCACAUUUGAUUAGCUUAGAUAGAACACCUGAGUCUGGAUAUUGAGUUGGGCUUGGGCUGAUGCUCGAACCCGGGUGUUUGGCGUCUGCACAGCACCUUUCUUGGUGGGCUUGAUUAAGGUUUCAGGUGCAUCACUUUGAAUCUAGUCCUAAAACGAUGAAUCUUUUUAGAUUUUGACACCCCCAUCCAAAGGGAAAACCUCUAACAGUCCUCUAAUCAUUAUCAAGAAUGUUUUAUCUAGUCUCCAAUUAAUUUCUUUUUAUCUCAAUUGAAUCCUCAAGAUACAAGAGUGAGAAAAUUCUCAAUGAACUCCCCUUUACGGAAGUUCAUGGUAUAAGAGGCUUUAAAUUUGUGCAUAGGAAAUCCAUAGUUUCCUAUUAAAAAUUUGUGAGGAAUUUAGAUGGAGAAUUCAAUUGAGAAUUUCUAUAAGCACUUAGAGGAUCCAAUUGAAAUAAAAAAAAUUCUUUGUAGACUCAAUCUGAGUUAUAGUUUUUCCAAAGAAACUGCUCAGUUUAACUGUCGCUAUGAUGCCUACCGUUGAGUACUGUCUGAUAACAUUGUGUGGUAAGGAUUGGUGCAAGCAUCUCGCAAGCAACUUCCUGUCUUUCAGUUUGACACUCAUCAAUUCUUCUUCUCCCUUCUCCGCAUGACUCCAUUUUCUCUACUUUGUUCUACACCUCUCUCACUGUCUCUUCCCCUAGAGUAACAGAACCACCUGCAUGCAUCAUGGCUUCACCAAUCCUUAAAUUCCCAUUUCUUUCUCACACCACUUCCCUCUCGAAGCCUCUCGCCUUUUAUCCCCUCUCCCUCACUCCUAAACCAAGAAAAACCUCGAGGCCAAUACAUGUAAAGCAGCAGCAGCAAGGGUCUAUUAAGUGCCAUGCAGUUACAGAUCUUACAAGUGGUAAUACUGUACCUUCAUCAAUUGAGGAUCAGAGUAAAGGAGAGGAUAAUGAUGAUCACUUAGUGCUUGUGGGUCCUUCUAGUGAGGAGGAAAGGAGGGGAGAAAGAGAGGUGGCAGACUAUGAUUGGACAGAAGAGUGGUACCCACUUUAUCUUACCAAGGAUGUACCAGAUGAUGCUCCUUUAGGCCUAACUGUGUUUGAUAAGCAGGUAGUGUUGUAUAAAGAUGGGCAGGGUGAACUUCGCUGUUUUGAAGAUAGAUGUCCCCACAGGUUAGCUAAACUAUCAGAAGGUCAGUUGAUAGAUGGAAGACUCGAAUGCCUAUAUCAUGGUUGGCAAUUUGAGGGGGAGGGCAACUGUGUCAAGAUACCUCAGCUUCCUGCAAAUGCUAAAAUUCCUCAGUCAGCUUGUGUCAAAACCUAUGAGGUGAGGGAAUCCCAAGGAGUUGUGUGGGUGUGGAUGUCCUCGAAAUCACAACCAAACAUAAAUAAACUACCCUGGUUCGAGAACUUUGCCAGGCCAGGUUUCAAAGAUUCUUCCGCCGUCCAUGAGCUUCCCUACGAUCACUCCAUACUUCUUGAAAACCUGAUGGAUCCAGCACAUAUUCCAAUCUCACACGAUAGGACAGACCUGUCAGCAAAAAGGGAAAAUGCCCAGCCACUACGUUUUGAGGUGACUGAACGUACUGACCGGGGAUUUGCAGGCUGGUGGGGUGGGGGAGAUGCUCAAACAUUGCCAAACUUCUUACGGUUUGAAGCCCCUUGUGUCCUAUCCAAUAACCGAGAAUUCAUUGAUGAGAAGGGGGUGAAACAGUACUUCUCGGGCCUCUUCCUAUGCAGACCAACUGGACAAGGAAAAUCCAUGCUUAUUGUGAGGUUUGGAGGAACAGCGAUGCCUCAAAUAGCAAAUUGGAUCCCCGAAUGGUUCUUUCAUCAGAGGGGAUGCACAGUCUUCGAACAAGAUAUGGGAUUUCUGUCAUCCCAGAAUGAAGUUUUAAUGAAAGAAAAGGUCCCAACAAAGAAAUUGUAUCUCAAUUUAAGGUCUUCAGAUACAUGGGUAGCAGAAUACAGGAAAUGGAUGGACAAAACUGGACAUGGAAUGCCUUACCAUUUCGGGCACAACACCAUUUCUUUACCUGAAUUACCAGCUGUUGUAGAACAUGCACCAGCUGGUCUGGUUGCUGGAGUUUCAGCUUCUUUCCCAGCUAAGGGUGGCACUGGGACGAUGCAUGCUCCCAAUUUGGCCAAUCGAUAUUUUCGCCAUGUAAUUCAUUGCAAAGGAUGCAGUGGUGCUCUCAAAGCUUUCAAUACUUGGAAAAAAGCUCUCUCUGCCAUUUCUCUUGCAUUGACUGCAUUAGCUAUUCUAGUGUCUGGAAGGCAGUGGAAAGCCGCCCUCUUAGUUUCAACAAGCUUAUGCUUGGCCGGAGUUUACGCAUGCUCAACUCUUAUCCAAAUGAGCACAACAAACUUCAUAAGAACACAUAGGAGAUUCUGAGCCAGCAAACCGUAAACAUCUAGUAUGUUUCUGUAGUUUUGGCACAGGAAGAUUAUAGAACUACAUUUACAACCUUGUAUAGUUCUAUCUAGUAAAUUAUAGGUGUUUUGCCC